AUGUUCCGGGACAUAGUCAAGGAACAUGGGCAGUCAGAUGCUGAAAGCUUACGUGACGACAAGAAGGCUAAGCAGGAAAGGUUGGGGGACUUCAGGGCUCACGAGAUGUUCCUGUGCUUCAAUGGUGCAUCUCUCGAGACCAUGAAUGAGACCAAGGUGCGAACCGAGGAAAAUGUGAGAAUGGACAUGGACAGCUCCCUGACCCGUGAACUCAGGGCCGGCAUGCAGCCAUUCAAGGUGGAUCCAACCGGAUGCGGCAGAGCUUUGCAGCCGUCGCCGAGUGCAGAGAGCCUUGGUGAGCUUCUACCCGGAGGCAAGGGAGGCAAAGGCAAGGGAAAGAAGAAGGGGACUGACAAAGACAAGAAGAAGUUGCCCAACUAUGCCGGCAAAGCGCAUGGGAAGGUGAAGAUUGGCCGGACCACUUUGACCGAUGCUAAGUCCGAAGCACUGGCCCAAGGCUACAUCUCCCAGAUCAAUUUGUAUAAGGACCCGCUCGAGAAGGCAACCGAAGCCCUGGACUGGAAACUCGUCGAGGGCACAAAGGAUGAGGCCAGCUUGGCACCACUUGUGACGAGCCUUGAAGCUGCAGUGGAAUCUUAUGCUUCUGCUGUUCGCCCGAUCAAAGGGCUCCUUGUUUCUUGA